AACACUCUCGAGUCUCGACACUUCACUGGCUUGAACAUAAGAUUCUUGGAAAUUGCUUGCUUGUUUAAACUUUAAAGUAAAGAAAGAGAGCUUCACUGGCUUGAACAAAAACCUGCGAAACUGAUCGAGUUCGUGACAUGCACUUAGAAAUUUUCGAAGUGUGAAAAACAGAAACAAAAAUAUAAAAAUGGGUCUUUUGUUUAGUAGAAUGUUCUCUUCUUUAUUUGGUAAUAAAGAAGCUCGAAUACUUGUCCUCGGCCUCGACAAUGCUGGCAAAACCACCAUUCUCUAUCGGCUUCAAAUGGGAGAGGUAGUCUCCACGAUCCCAACGAUUGGAUUCAAUGUAGAAACUGUACAGUACAACAACAUUAAGUUUCAAGUCUGGGAUUUAGGUGGACAAACAAGUAUCAGGCCAUAUUGGAGGUGUUAUUUCCCGAAUACUCAAGCUGUAAUUUAUGUGGUAGAUUCAAGUGACACGGAGAGAAUUGGAAUAGCCAAAGAAGAAUUUCAUUCAAUUUUGGAGGAGGAAGAAUUGAAAGGUGCAGUUGUCCUCAUUUUUGCAAACAAGCAGGAUCUCCCUGGUGCACUUGAUGCUGCUGCUGUGACUGAGGCAUUGGAGUUGCACAAAAUAAAAAGUCGCCAAUGGGCCAUCUUCAAAGCUUGUGCUAUGAAGGGUGAAGGCCUCUUUGAGGGCUUGGACUGGUUGAGUAACACUCUCAAAUCAGGAGGUGGCUAACUUUGUUCAAGCAAGUUCCUGAACGAGCAUAAUCUCAUGCACACGAAUG